AGAUAUGAGCUGCAGCCACAGAAGAAGAAGAAAAAGAAGAAGCCCUCAGCCUGCGAAGACAAUCCAGACGAGCUUUGCCCGCUGCGUUGCUGCCGACACCUCUGCCUUGCAUCUGAGAUGCGACUCGUCCAUCAGCUGCUGCUUUUGCUCUAGCACCAGGCGGUCUGGAUUCUGUUGACUUGUGGCUGAGGAGAGGGUCUUGCUGUUGUCCCAAGCGUAUGAACCGGUGUGAUGGUGAAAUGAGAUGAGGCUCCGAAAUGGAACUGUGGCCACGGUGUUAGCGUUUGUCACCUCGUUCCUUACUCUGUCCUGGUAUACCACAUGGCAAAAUGGGAAAGAAAAACUAAUUGCUUAUCAACGAGAAUUUCUUGCUUUAAAAGAACGUCUUCGCAUAGCUGAACACAGGAUAUCUCAGCGCUCUUCUGAGUUGAACACCAUUGUCCAGCAGUUUCGCCGCGUAGGAGCGGUGACUAAUGGAAGUAAGGCUGCACUGAAUACGUUCUCAGAUAAUACCAUAAAGCUACUAAAGGAGUUGACAAGCAAAAAAUCCCUUCAAGUGCCAAGCAUUUAUUAUCAUUUGCCUCAUUUAUUGCAAAAUGAAGGAAGUCUUCAGCCUGCGGUACAGAUUGGCAAUGGAAGAACGGGAGUUUCAAUAGUAAUGGGAAUUCCUACCGUGAAGAGAGAAGUUAAAUCUUACCUCGUAGAAACCCUUCAUUCCCUUAUUGAUAAUCUGUAUCCUGAAGAGAAGCUGGACUGCGUUAUAGUUGUCUUCAUUGGAGAGACAGAUCUUGAUUAUGUUCACAGCGUUGUAGCGAACCUGGAGAAAGAAUUUUCUAAAGAAAUUAGUUCUGGCCUGCUGGAAAUAAUCUCCCCUCCUGAAAGCUAUUACCCUGACUUGACAAACCUGAAGGAGACGUUUGGAGACUCCAAGGAAAGAGUAAGAUGGAGAACCAAGCAAAACCUGGAUUAUUGUUUUCUAAUGAUGUAUGCUCAGGAGAAGGGCAUCUAUUACAUUCAGCUUGAAGAUGAUAUUAUUGUGAAACAAAACUAUUUUAAUACUAUAAAAAAUUUUGCACUUCAACUCUCUUCUGAAGAAUGGAUGAUUCUAGAGUUUUCUCAGCUUGGCUUCAUUGGAAAAAUGUUUCAAGCGCCAGACCUUACUCUGAUUGUGGAGUUCAUCUUUAUGUUUUAUAAGGAGAAACCCAUUGACUGGCUCUUGGACCACAUUCUCUGGGUGAAAGUCUGCAACCCUGAAAAAGAUGCCAAACAUUGUGACAGACAGAAGGCAAAUCUACGAAUCCGCUUCCGACCGUCCCUCUUCCAGCACGUGGGUCUGCAUUCCUCACUGUCCGGGAAAAUUCAGAAACUCACGGAUAAAGAUUAUAUGAAACCAUUGCUUCUCAAGAUCCAUGUGAACCCACCCGCAGAGGUCUCCACUUCCAUGAAGGUGUACCAAGGACAUACAUUGGAGAAGACCUACAUGGGCGAGGACUUCUUCUGGGCCAUCACCCCCACAGCUGGAGACUACAUCUUGUUCAAAUUCGACAAACCAGUCAAUGUAGAAAGUUAUUUGUUCCAUAGUGGCAAUCAGGAACACCCAGGAGACAUCCUGCUCAACACAACCGUGGAGGUUCUGCCUCUUAAGAGCGACAAUUUGGAAAUCAGCAAAGAAACCAAAGAUAAACGAUUAGAAGAUGGCUAUUUCAGAAUAGGAAAAUUUGAGUAUGGUGUUGCAGAGGGAAUCGUGGACCCUAGUCUAAAUCCUAUUUCAGCCUUUCGACUUUCAGUUAUUCACAAUUCUGCUGUUUGGGCCAUUCUUAAUGAGAUUCAUAUUAAAAAAGUCGCCAAUUGAUCUUCUAAGAAACCAACACAUCCUUUCCAUGACUCUGUCGAUUAAAGAUAGUUAGCACGUCCUUUUCUGUUUGGACUCGAACACUACCUCUCGUGAAGCCUACUGUAGAUAGGAUGAUUGUCAUUUCCACUCAGACAGGGGCUGUUCCCAUGGAUAACUGCAUUCAUUUGAAACUAAGCUGUCCUCCAAUUUGAACUUGACACAAACGUUUUACAAUUCUGACAGCCUGUUAAUGCGACUGGGGCUUUUUUGGUAUUAUACUAAUACAUAAGAGUUGUACAUAUUGUUACAUUCCUUAAAAUUUGAGAAAACUAAUGUUAAAUACAUUUUGUGGAGGGGGUACUUUUGAAGUUGAUUUAUUUUACUAUUAUAGACCCUCUUUUAUAGACGAUCAGGGAUUAUAUAUAUAUAUAUAAAUAUAUAAAUAUACAUAAAGAUGUUAUGGAGUUAAUUUAUUAGAAACACUUAAGAAGUACAUAUUUUUGUGCAGUAAAUUUUUGAAUCAAUACCUUUUUUUGAAGAAGCAGUUCCCUGGCUUUUUUAAGUUCUUUCUAUAUUUUUCUUUGGAGAUGCAGACAUUGCAGAUCAAUACCAUUUUUUCCAGUGCACUGCCAUUCCAGACUGGUCCCAGAUGGGUUUCUUAACUUGAAGUGCUUUUAUAAUCACAGCAGUUCUGAACAAAACAUUUUCAGAGGCAUUUGUCAUUCUUUAAAGCCAAGAUUUUAAAAGACCAGUGUCCUCUUGAGGGUUAUUUUCCUGUACUGUGUAUGGUGUGUAGCCACAGCAAACCAGUGUGGUAUCUCCAGUGUCCAGGUGGGAGGCCCCUGUCCGAGUCUCCACACACAGAGUCUUUCAGGUCUCCCCUUGCGUGGGAGAUGAGACUCUUCUUUCUAAUCUGUCUUUAAUCACUAGUUUGACACAUCAUCCCUUUCCUCACUGGUCCUUUUAUACCUGUGUUAGGUUUGGAGUUCAGAUCAUGUUUUCUAGGUGAUGUUGUUACGUGAAUCAUAAUGGGUACAAUUUACAAACUGGAACUGUACUGUGGGGCUCUGGUGAAAGUCACUGUAGUGCUUGUGUGUUUCCACAGAGUGAUUGGCUCUGCUGUACCAUGAAAUUGGAAGUAAACACUGUGUCCACAGAGUGCUUAUGCCUCCUGCCCUUGUAGUCCCACGUAUACUAGUUUGUGGAAGUGCUUUACUUAGUUAGGAAGGCUAAGCAGUGUGGCCGGUCUGUGUCGGUGAUUCAGGGGCUGCAGAUGUCCAGCAGAUGUGGUAAAGGUCUGGAACUCUGGGAGGUCCUAGCUGGUGGCCUCCAGCCUGGAGCUUCCUUAGUUGCCUAGUGUAUGGGACACACAGCGCUAAGCGGCGAUUUUGCAUGCCGUGUUCUGGCUAGGAACAUGUAGGUAAGUACUACUGUGCUGUAUGUCAAGGCCCAACUGAAGUUUUUCUUGGGAUUUUGUAAAUUCCCCUCUCAUUUCCUACUUUUUAUUUUCUUCUCUGGUUUCCUAAGCCUGUUUCCUAAGACACAAGCAAAUUCCUUUGAAUAGAGGCACCUUUUCAUUUUAAAAUUUGAGCACUAUCCACACACUAAAUUACGGCUAAUGCAGCAGGGUCACAGAUGGUGAGACCAGGCAGAUGGGUGCAGGGAGGCCCCCUAAAGGCUCUGGUUUCUCAAUGGUUGUGACUUUAAGGGAGGCUGUGCUUUGAUAAUCGAGUAGGAGACAAACGCAACACCUGCCCCCAUUUGAAUGGCCGCCGCAAGGGUCUUCGUGCACAUCCUCUUGCUCAGACCCCACUCAUGGCUCCUGCUACCUAGGGAUCAAUAGCCAAGUCUUUUCCUUCACCCAGGGAACCUCUCCUUUUUCCCUGCGAGCUUGUUCCCAGUGCUUAGAACAUGCGUGCGCCUUGGCAGGCUCUAUUGGCAUCUGGGUGAGUCCUUUUUCUCUUAGCUGUGUUUGCUUGCCAUCCUUGCCAUGCAUGGGCACACACACACACACUCAUUGUCUAAUUUUUGUGGUGUGUGUUCUCUGGCACACUCCAUGCUCUGGAGGCCAGCUCUCCUCCUGUCUUCCACUACAGCAGGUGCUUCCCUGACCCUCCUUUCUGCCCAGGACAGCCAGCCCUAGACAAUCGAAGCAGAUGUGCUUUCCCCAAGCCAGAAGUGUUAGUGGGAGCCCUUGGAGGUUGGCGAGGGGGAAGCUCAGGAGGGGAAGCCAGAGUGCCUAGAACUGCAAGGUGUACACAUUACACCUCAGAGGCCACCAACCCACUUUCCCCUGAA